UUCAGUGUUUGAUGUAUGAUUUAUAGAGAACUAAUCUGUCCUUGUUUUUGUCUUCCAUUUCAGGAAGCAUACUCAGUCUCUGACAAAGAGAAAAUUAACCUUAUAACCCUUCUCCAGAAACCCAUAGGUCAACUUCAACAGAAUGCUUCAUUUAUACAGGAAUUGUUACGGUUCACUCCAAAAUCUCAUCCAGAUUAUGACAUUUUGUCAGGAACAUGGCGGAUUACACAACAUAAUUUAAACGACUCUUCCAUUCAUGCUGAUCAGGUAGAGAACGACCAUUAUCUUCUGAAGGCUGAACAUCUUGUUGAAUUGCUCAGUAAUAAUGCCAGGAAACUACGUUGUUUCUUUCUGUUUAGUGAUGUGAUUGUUUGUACCAAACAAAAGUUCUAUCAAAAAGAUUCAUUCGAUGUUAAAUGGUUCAUUCCAAUAUACAAGCUUGAAUUUCAUUCCAGUACAGACCAUAGAGCAGAUACAAAUUAUAAGUUUACAGAAACCAUCGACGAAUUAAAGAAAAGAAUGAGCAGUAUAGAAACAGAAUUACGAAACAGAAAAUUGAAAUUCUCUUCAAAAGUCUCAGAUCGAACGACAGAGAAAUUGACAAAAAAGCUGAUCGAACAUCAACGAGAAAUAGCACGACUUUCUGGUAGCUUGGAGUUCAAGUUGAAAGAUGGCAAAAAAGUAUAUACCUUAUUGAUGUCUACAAAUUAUUCCCGUGAAGAAUGGAAAGAAGCCAUCAUUUCUUUAAAAGAUAAAUCUUUUCAAGACUGUAACUACACAACAUCAGAUAUCCAGCAAAUAGUAACAAAUUGUAAAAAGUUACCAAGCAUAAUCAACACAGUAUUUUCACAGAAAGUAGAGGAACAUCUGUUUGGAGGAUCCUUGUCUGUGACUCUUCAUGAACUGACUGGCCUUGAUGAAGUUUGUGGUACAUAUUGCUGUCUGGAGCUCGACUCUUGUGGGCAGUUCUUCACCAAAGCUCGGUCUGCCGUCAAAGAAUCAACUAAUCCAGUUUGGAAUGAAGAAUUUGAAUUGGAACUUGAUUAUUCUCAAACAUUGCGGAUCCUUUGUUUCAAGAGGAACAUAGACAACGGUGACAUUCUUCUUGGAAAAAGUGCUCUUGCACUAAGUAAAGACUGGUUAUCUAAUUUCACCCGGAAGACGAUUUCUAUGAAUAAGAUCUCAUUAGUUAUUUCAGUUUAUCAUAUUCCACCAAAUAAGAUGAUCCAAAGAAUUCCAUCAAAAGUGAAAACUGGUGUCUUUGGUGUUGAUGUUCAGAAAGUUGCUCUUUCAAGUUGUCCCAGCCAUCAAGGAAAAGCAAUACCAGACAUCAUUCCAAUCUGCACUCGAGAAAUAGAAAAGAGAGGUCUAGAUGAAGUUGGUAUCUACAGAGUGUCAGGAGGAUUAACUGAAGUUAAACAAUUAAAAUGUGCAUUUGAGAAAAAUACAAUGAAAGCCCGGCGUGUAGUAGAAGAUGCUGACUGUAGUGUUCACACAAUUGCUGCUGUUUUGAAACUUUACUUUAGAGAAUUGCCUGAACCAUUAUUUACCAAUCUUCUGUAUGACAAAUUUAUUAGCAUUUCUGAUAUAAAAGAACCCGAACAGAAAGAAAAAGAACUCAUUUCACUGAUUCAUUCUCUUCCUGAGGUCAAUUAUAACAUACUUCUACAUAUGCUUGAUCAUCUCAAAUGCGUCCAUGAGUAUUCCUCCCAAAAUAAGAUGACUAAUGGCAACCUAUCUGUGAUUUUCGGACAGUCUCUGAUGCAACCAGCACCGACACCGGAGCCAUCACCAGCAACGGAACCAGGUUCGGCACAAGAGGCUUUAGCUUACAUGAAUGCUCUUCACCAGAAUAAUAUUCUGAAAUAUCUCUUGGACUUAAAAUGCUCUGGAAAAAACUUUCUUAAACCAUGAAGCUUCAAACUCAUUAUUUUUAUGUGCAAAAUAAAAAAUUAAAAAAAAGAAACAAAUGCAUAAUGCCUUCACACAUUUUCAUGAUUUGUUUUUAAGUUGGAGAGGAAGAGAGACUGCUUGCUAGCCAUUUAUUCACACUGCAUUUUUUCAAACAGUAUCAUCAUUGUUUACUCCUUCAUUACUUUUAAACUUCUUGCCAAGCUGAUAUACUUCUUUGUUUGAUUACAAAGUACGUCAGCCAUGAUACUUAUACAAACAUGGCUAUUUGCAAGCUUGAUAAGAUGAAACCAAGAGAUAAUGUCAUUAUUCAUCAUGAUAAUGUCAAUCAUGAAAUUGUUAUUAUUAUUAUUAUUAUUAUUAUGAAACUCAUGAUAAUGAUAAUUGACAUGAUUUGGUUUUAAAAAGGGUCGAUGACUAGAAGGGAUGUUUGCAUUGAUGACAAUGCUAUUGUUGCCUGUGUUGUUGCUACUGUUGCUAAUGCUGCUGUUGAUGAUAAUGAUGGUAUUGAAACCUGAGGUAAUUAAUCAGCAUGGUGUUAAAUGUUACAUUAUUCUUGCCUCUCCACCAAAUCUCAUCUCACUUUUUCAUCAGCUUACUUGUUGAAACACUGGACUUCAAAACUCUCUUGUUUGCAAUCUAAUUGCUUUAAAAUGUUCCUAAAACUUAUACAUUAUUUCACUAAACCUCCACACAUUCAUCCUAUAUUUUCCGAUUUUUGCCUCACUUUUUUUAAUCAGUUAUUGAGGCAGAUAUUGUAUAUGCUUAUGUACAUAUCAUUAUUUUUCUCAUUUGUGCCUGUGUGUAUAUGUAUGUGUGUUGGUGUGCAUAUGUAUGUAUGUAGUGUAUGUAUGCAUAUGUAUGUGUGUGAAUAUAUAUAUAUAUAUAUAUAUAUAUAUAUAUAUAAUCAUGUACAUCAGAAGUGGUAUAUUGUGAACACUGAAAGUUGGUGAUGUAAACGUUCUAAAAAGUAAAUUUGAACAUUAUUUUAUGAAUAUGAUAUAUUUAGAUGUUAAUAUAUAUCAUUUAUAAAUAUUACAAGAAAUCAUUUAUUGAAAUGACUUUCUGUAGUUGAAAAUUUCGUAAGAAGAGUUACUAAUUUCAUUUAGGAUUGAUAGUCACUCAAUUUUAGUUUUUUAAAUAGUUUUGUCACAGUUGUUUGAAAUAAACAAAACACUAAGACUAAAAUAACAGUUAAGUAGCAUGCUUUGAACUAGCUAAGUGAUGCUAUCUCAUAGCUUGGCAUAUGGCAUGAUUCUCCUAUGAACUACUCACUCUCUAUGCUGGGCUACAUAUUGUAAUCGAAAUCUUUAGUUCCAUGCGCUAAUUGCAUUACCUGCUUGUACCUGAAGAUUAACAAUGAAAUUUUGUGAUUAUUUAUAAGUAAUGCACUUUUGCAAUAAACACUAAAAUCUAUUCUAACCCCUUGCAGACAUACUUAGUACUGUCCGUCUAUGCUGUAUACCAGUAUUAGGCUGUUCAGUUUGGUAUAUUUGAAAACACGGUGCUGUACAGAGCGAGACAUCACACUGCUCACACACAUAGUGUUUCAAUACAGUCAGUACUGCUUCCCGUCUGCAAGGGGUUAAUAAGUUUUCCUCAAUCCCACUAAAGUCAAAGAUACUCUUCAUCCUUCUAGGGCCAAUAAAAUGAGUACCGCUUACAGAGUGGGGCCAGUCUUCAUCAUGUGUACCCUCCACUAAAAUGUGAGACUGUGUAUGUAUGUUACAGACUAUUAUUCUUAUAACUUUUAACUAUCUUCAGGAUUCGAACUAUGUAAUUUGUGCUUUGUUUCUGCCACUGAGAGAGAAAAAAACUUGAUGUGGAAAAAAGUCAAAUAUGAGAAUUUUAAUCCUUUUUAUCUCAGUAUAUUAUUUAGUUUGGUUAAGGCAAAUUUUUUCUUUAUGUUCUAGCAGAAAAAAAAAAAAGCAAACAAGAUAUCUGUUUUACCUCACAAAGUUUUACUCUAAUUAAAAAAAUGACCUGGAGAGAAAUCACCAGAUGUCAUUGCUGUAUGGUUCAAGUAAAGACAAUGACACAAUGCAACAAUUCUGAUAUGAUAAAGUCAUGAAAAACAGUCUUGCUUGUCAAAUAUUAGCAAAAGACAUUUUGUGCAUGACUCAGAGAAAGAAUGUAUGUGUGUGUGUGUGUGUGUGUGUGUUUGUGUGUGUGUGUAAAGCAUUUUAUAUUAUUAGGAAGUAAUCUAUUUCAAAUAGGUAAUUAACUUACUUAAACAAAUAUAAUUGUUAUUUCAUGACUUUCGCAGACAGCACAUAGCACAUCCUGAACACACACACACACAUAUCCAUAAACACAUAUACACACGUUAUUGUUACCAAGUGCAAUUUUACCAAAAUUUUACCAACUGGUUUUUUUUUCCUUUUCUUUCAUGUUAAAUAUAAAUAUAUAUAUAUAAUUUGUUGAAUGUAUUUAUGAUUUACUGCAAUAGAUGUACACAAUAUAAUGCAUCUGUAAAUAAUAUCUUGAUUUUUGGGAGCAUAAUUUAACAAACAAUAAAAGUGAAACUUUG